AUGAAACUGGGAGCUUCGUAUCCUUGUGAUAUGAUUGGAGGACAGGUUGCAAAAGUAAUUGAAAGCAAAAACCCUGAGUUUCCAGUUGGUUGCUGGGUGAUGGGUCAUUUUGGAUGGAGGACCCAUACAGUGACUAAACCAGAAAACGAGAAGUUUAGUGCUCAAAAACCGUAUUUGUACAAAUUACCUGACUUCGGUGACCUGCCUGUGUCUCUUGCACUUGGUGUGUGUGGAAGAGUGGGGAACAGCGCGUACUUCGGUUUUACGGAGAUCUGUAAACCCAAGGCUGGAGAGACCGUGGUGAUAUCAGGAGCUGCUGGUGCUGUUGGUUCACAUGUGGGACAGAUUGCUAAGAUACUUGGAUGUCGAGUUAUUGGAAUAGCAGGUACCGAUGAGAAAUGCGAGUGGCUGGUCAAAGAACGAGGAUUUGAUUGUGCUGCCAAUUACAAAACCACAGAUAUAGGAAAAUUCCUAGAAGAAAAUAUUCCAGAAGGCGUAGAUUGCUAUUUUGAUAAUGUUGGUGGAGAAUUGAGCAGUACAAUAAUGUCGAAGAUGAAUAACUUUGGCAGAGUUGCCGUUUGUGGAGCCAUUUCAAGUUAUAAUGAAACUGAUCCGGAGAAGCGUAAGGCAUCCAUAAUCCAAUUUUCCUUCAUCGGCAAAGGACUUAAAGCAGAAGGGUUCUUAGUGAACAGAUUUGCUGAUCGUAAUUUAGAAGGAAUCAAUCAAAACUUGAAGUGGGUGAAAGAAGGAAAGCUGAAAUACAAAGAACAUGUUUAUGAAGGAUUCGAAUCAGCCGUUGAUGCUUUCAUCGGUCUAUUUAGAGGAGAAAAUAUUGGUAAAAGUAUUGUGAAAGUGAAGUGA